AUCGCCAUCUCGGCGCGUUGGAGAGGCUGCACGGGGACAUGGGCUUGCUCUGAUUCCCGCCGUUCCACAGCUUUGCCACAAUGAUGAAGGAAGAUAUGGUGAAUAAAGAUUCUGAGCCGUCAGUAUGUGAGAGAAAUGGCAUGAUUCCCAUGCAUGAGAAAAGUGAGGAGGGGUCAACAGUAGAUGCCAAAGGUACUGAUGGGAAUAUACAAACAGAAGAAACUGCUCUCUUGAAUCACUCAGCUCAGCAGCCUCCAGAACCGAUAUCAGGGUCUUCAACACCUGCAGGAACAUGGAGGCAAAUAUUUGCUUGCCCUCCUCAGGGUUUACUGUCUCGAAUAGUAACAAGUGUUUCAGCUGUGGUCCUCAUUUGGGCUGUGGUUUGGUCCAUCACUGGGCCUGAAUGUCUCCCGGGCGGAAACCUGUUUGGAAUUUUGUGUCUUUAUUUUUUUGCUGUCAUUGGAGGUAAAAUUUUUGGACUCAUUAAAAUAGGAACACUGCCUCCCCUCCCUGCUCUUCUGGGAAGGGGUGGGAAGAGCAGUGUCCCAAAGUUCAGUGUGUUACAGGAUGAACCACCUCUGCAGCCAAGGCUUACAGGCAUGCUACUUGCUGGUUUUCUCAUCCGAAAUACCCCAUUUGUUAGUGACAUCGUCCAGAUAAAUCUGCGCUGGUCUGCAGCACUGAGGAACAUUGCUCUUUCAAUUAUCUUGACCCGAGCAGGACUUGGUCUAGAUCCAAAGGCUCUUAAGAAGCUCAAAGCAGUCUGCUUACGGCUUUCUUUUGGACCAUGCCUCUCAGAAACAUGCACUGCUGCUGUUUUUGCCUAUUUACUCAUGCAUUUGCCGUGGCAGUGGGGAUUUAUAUUAGGUUUUGUUCUAGGUGCAGUCUCUCCCGCUGUUGUGGUUCCCUCAAUGCUGAUCUUACAAGCUGGGGGAUAUGGAGUGGAGAAAGGUGUCCCAACUCUGCUAAUGGCAGCUGGAAGCAUUGACGACAUUCUGGCUAUUACAGGCUUCAACACUUGCCUUGGGAUGGCUUUCUCUUCUGGUUCCACUCUGUACAAUGUGCUCCAAGGAGUGCUGGAGGUUGCUGUUGGCAUAGCAGCUGGUGGGAUUCUGGGAAUGUUCGUUCGGUAUUUCCCAAGCCACGAUCAGGCAUCUCUGCCAUGGAAGAGAUCAUAUUUUGUACUUGGGCUGUCCAUGUUUGCUGUUUUUGGCAGCGUCUACUUUGGCUUCCCUGGAUCAGGAGGGCUCUGCACAUUAGUCUUAGCUUUUAUUGCCGGCGUGGGAUGGUCUGACGAGAAGAAGGAAGUAGAAAAAAUUGUUGCCGUUGCUUGGAAUAUCUUUCAGCCUUUUCUUUUUGGAUUGAUUGGAGCAGAAGUAUCUGUUACAUCUCUCAGGCCUGAAACUGUUGGGCUCUGUGUUGCUACACUAGGUAUUGCCCUAGCUGUGCGAAUCAUUGUGACAUUCCUGAUGGUGUGUUUUGCUGGGUUUAAUUUCAAGGAGAAAGUAUUUGUCUCACUGGCGUGGAUUCCCAAAGCCACUGUCCAGGCUGCAAUAGGUUCCCUUGCCCUGGAUACAGCAAGAAGUCAUCAGGAUGAGCAACUGGAAAAAUCUCACACAUUCCUUUGCACCUUCAAGGGACUGUCAGCUCCGGUCAUGGCAAGAAGCAGCAAGCAGUACUUAUGUGCUGAAAGAGGCAGGUCCAUUGGGGCUGUGGUAAUAAAGGAGUACCCGGUAAAAAGGACCAAGCUUGAAAAGAGGAUGAAGGAGGCUCUAAGGACUUUGAGAGAAAGUUAUAUGGGAUUGGGAUGGCUGCUUCUUGGCAAUGUGUACUUCAGCCUUUGUGCAACUCUGUGUCAAGCAAGGGAAAGCCAGCUUGUCAGCCACUGGGAGCGUGUGCUCUAGGACAGGAAAGAGCUCCCCUCUGAUGGAGCUUGCUGGCGUGGCAAUGCCAAAGUAGGAACGAGUUGUUCCUUUCUUCCUCAGCUCCUUCCGGGAAACCUGACAGUAGUGACAAACCUCAAACCAGGAUUUAUGGGUCAACAGGUAUCUCGUGUUCUAAGUUUAUACUCGUGUCUAUGAAAAUGCUAUGAUCUGGUCCUUCACACAUCUGCAUUUGCUUAACUGUAGCAAAAUAAAACAGGUAUUUACUAAAACCUAUCAAGUUAAUGCUCAUUUUUCCAGGAGGUAAAUGGCUGGGUUUGUUUUGGAGAUUGGAGGCCUCUUAGAUUUGGCAAGGUGUUUUUACUCUGAUCAACAGAGAAAUAGAAUUUAAAUGAAGAGCCAGGGGAAAGCAUCACUGAGAGGCAUGUAACAAAGGGAAAGGAGCCCCACCGCACCUUCCUCCAGAAAGAAUGACAUGCUGUCAUGAGGAAGUAGUGAGCAUGUACCCACCACUUGUGUGGGUCUUUCUAGAAGCACAAGUUGUGUGCGGCUGUGGAUCACAGUAAUGACUGGCAACACUCAUCUGGAAUCUCUUGCCAAAAUAUUUUACUGGAGGAGCAAAAGGUUCAAACGUUUUUUGGUGUGUUCUUCUUUCUGUUUUAAUAUUGAUGCCCUCUGCACAGUCAGUACAAUAUGGUUCAUAUUUGAUCUUCUCGUAUAACCUGUUACCUUUCUCUUCUCCUUGACUUUCCAAAAGCCAGGAACAAACCUCUGUUGAAGAAAACCCUGCUCUUGCCCUUAGCUUUGGUACCAGUUAGGGUUUAGCAUUGCCCUUUAUGAAUAUCAUUUAAUUCUUCUUGCUCUGCUACAUUUUGGGUGAGUAACUAGCUCUAAGUAGGUCAUUCCCUGCUUUCUGAAUCAUGGAAUCAGUAUAGCGUCCUUCAGAAACCGAGUUUUAUUUAGUUAUUUUUAGAAAAACAGAUUUGAGAUCUAGGAGGACAGUGGCUCCCCACAGAGUUCUACAGUAUAGUUCAUUGAGACUGUUUUACAGAAUACUAUUCAGAAUGUAUUUGACGUGUCAAGAUAUUUUGGUUUCUGUAAGGAAGCAUUAUACAGUUCUAUUUUAGUUCCUGUGUUUUUAUUAUGCAACAUAAAAAAGAAAAUACCUUUAAAGGAAAACUGUGAGCCUGUAUUGUAUGGAGUAUGUGUAUUAUGUCUCUGUAUACGCAUAAUAAUGAGUAUGCGUGCCUUUUCAUAUGACUAGUUCUAGCCAGAAAGCAAAGUUCUUAAAAAUAUUUAAGGUUUGUGGCCUGCAGUUCCAGCAUAGAGAUAAACACCAGGAAAUCCUUGGGUAAGUGUUCCCCUAGCAGCUGUGAAGUACAAUUACUAUUUCAUUUUCUCCAGACUUCCUUACCAUAUAUGCUGCUGUUCUCUCCACUUUUAGGGAACGUACAAUCUUCAGCCAGUGCUUGUUCUCUGUCAAGAGAAGAAGGUGCUCUCAAACUGUACAGACUGAUGAAUAGUUCCCGUGCUGCACAAGAUGGUUACUGUGUCAACCACUGACUUCUGUGCCUGUCCUGCCUACUGUGCAUGGCUCAUUGAGGUACUGUUGCUUAAACAGGGAUAGUUUUAUAAGGAUCUUAUUGCAUUUGGAAAGUAUAGUAUCUGCAGACCUAAUUGGUAAAGUGAGGGAAUUUGCUGUUCAGUUCAUCAGUGGCUGCUUAUAAAAUAAUACAUUCUAUGUGAGAAAAACAUCCAGGAGAAGCUGUGUAUAGUUUGACUUUUAAAAAGUUUUAUAAAAAUCAGAACUCUCCUUCAAGGAGUGAUCACUGCACCACGUUUGGAAUGUGUUCAGCAAGAGGGUAAGCAUUAUAGCACAGCACGGCCCUGGUGGCACACAGCGGGCAGAGUUAGAGCAGGCAGCAAAUGGGAAAAGACGGAAAGGGGCCACCUGGAAGCAGGGAGUAACAUGAGCCAGGGAUGAAAUAAUAAUGUAAUUAUAAUCACUGUAUUCUCUUCCUUUUGCAGCCAAAUUGACCAUUCUACAGAAUUUAGAUGAUGCCUAGAAUUAAUUGUGACACACUCAGGCUGUAGUAUGGCCACAAAAUGACAGAAGAUCUGCUCUGGUCUACUGCCUGCGUCCUGGUAUUUAUCCCUGCUAUUAUCCCCCUGCAUGGAGCUUUCAACUAAGGGUAGAAAAGUCACCCAGUGCCAAGAUGUUACCCAGCACACGUUAGUAGGACAUCAUGUUAAGUGAAGAGUGAAACAAGAGGUACAGCAGGUACAGACACCUAACUUCCAAGGACUCUUGAAAUCAGAGAGGAUGAUAAAGGCUCCAGUAUCCUCCUUCAUCUUGGGAUGCAUUUUGCUGCCCUUCUCAGACUAAUGUGAUGUGAAUCCAUUACACAGCUACUUUUACCUGGCAGGAACGGACGAACAGCGAGGUACCCAAGCAAAGCCAGCACACCCAGGAAAGGCAAUAACCGCAGCCAUUCUGAAACUGAAGACAAGCGGAAUUUAGACUGGCUCUCGGCACCGCUUCAGCCUAGUGCAGCAUCAGCUAUUCUCAAACGGUUUGGACUUCAGACCUCUGUUUGCUCAGGGAUCUGCAACCAGUUUCUACAAUGCACAUACAAAAAGAAAAAGUUCAGAGGUGGGCUGAGUACCUUCAGAUAAGUCAAACCACAGAGAAUGCUUUUUACCAUGUUGAGAAACUUCUAAAUACACGUAAGAGAUUCAAGUAUCCCCUGCAGACAUAGCAGCCUUGCUACAUCAUUAGAAAUCUAGACAUACAAGUUUGAAGAUUUACUGAACUUGGAAAGAAAACAUCAGCACCUGCCAGAAGAUCUAUUUUAAAGGUGGAUAAACUUUUCCAACAAAGCAAGCUGUGACAAUGCUCCAGUGUCAUUUAAGUAUGCAUGCAGCAUUAGAGAGAACAUUCUUCUAAGUUUCUGAAGAGUCAAAGAAAUGGGAAGAUGUUAAAAAAAUAUUUUACACUGGGAAACAAAGAACUUGAACGAGUUGGAGCACAAAUAGCUGCACAAGCACUCUGUAAGAGAAGACAUUGUAAUCAAGACCCUCUUUUAAAUGACUCAGAAUCAGAACAUAGCAAAAAAUUUGUUCUACGCUUUGUUUUUCAAGAUUAAGGUGCACAAGAAAGAAAAUGCAAGAGAACAAAGCUGAAGAUGCUAGGUAGACUGAGAGCUCUCAAAUCAUACUAGGAAUAAAAUUAAGCUUCACAGAACGGCAAUAAAGCAAAAGCUCAUGCUAACACCUUUCCAGUUAUGAUGCAGUGGCUCCCUCGUAACAGUUUGAAAGUUCUGGCUGUACCACAUGUGAUGAAGAUACUUUGUGGGAAUAGUUUUGUGUUCUUCAGGCUUCCUCUAGUCUUUCAAGUGAAAUCCGUGCUUACUGGCACUCAUCUGGGAACACACCACAACUGUAUAAGUGACCACGGCACUGCAAGAACGUUCAACACAGUCCUUCCACACUUGGAUUUGCAGUGGUUCUUACGCACAACAAUUUUUUUAUAGAAUUUCCCAUGAGUAACCACAAUAGACUGGUCUCUGUUGUUCUUUUCUCAGUUCCCUCAACACGUUUUGGGCCCUACAAUAAAAAACCUAACUAAAAACAUA